CAGGGAGCCACGACGCUGGCAGGAGAGGAUCCUACAGGACAGCAAGGAGAUGCCACCUAAAAACAAAGAAAGAGGGAAGAAAUCUGGGGCACAGAAGAAGAAAAAGAACUGGGGUGCAGAUGUGGAGGCCGAGUCCGGGCACAGGCUGGUGCUGCUGGAGAAGGAGCUGCUCCGAGACCACUUGUCUCUACGGAGGGAUGAAGCCCGUCGAGCCAAGGCUUCCGAAGACCAGCUGAGGCAGAGGCUGCAAGGGGUGGAGGCUGAGCUGGAAGGGGCCGGAAGUGAAGGGAAGGCCAUAUAUGCAGAGAUGAGUCGCCAGUGCCGUGCCCUGCAGGAGGAUAUGCAAACCCGCAGCAAGCAGCUGGAGGAAGAAGUCAAAGGCCUUCGGGGGCAGCUAGAGGUAUGCCAAAAGGAGGCUGCGGCUGCCCAGGAAGAGGCUGAACAAGCUCUGGGAGAGCGGGACCAGGCCCUGGCUCAGCUUCAGGCCCACGUGGCAGACAUGGAGGCGAAGUAUGAGGAAAUCUUACACGACAGUCUGGACAGGCUCUUGGCCAAGCUGAGAGCCAUCAAGCCGCAGUGGGAUGGGGUGGCACUGAGAUUGCACGCCAGGCACAAGGAGCAGCUACGCCAGUUUGGACUCCCCCCCCUGGAUCUUUGAAGCCACCAGCCCCUAGUCUCUAGUGUUCUCUGAGGCCCCAGCAAUAAAGUGUCUUGAUGCAGAACUUAAUAGAGCUGUGGGCUCUGGCCUUUUGGCAGAGAGGAGUAGAUCUUUUUUAUUUUUAUUUUUAUUUAGUUUUCUUCUUUUUUUGUUCUUUUUGUUGUUGUUGUUGAUUUUUAGGAGUGGCUCUCAUGCAGACGUCUCAGUUCUGGGUUGACCCAUUAUCCCUGAGAUUCAGUGACAGGAAAGAAAUUUGACCAGGUCUCAACCUCUCUCCUGCAGGAGCCGCAUCCCACCCCUUGAGCCUGAGGCCCUUUUGAUCCCUUCACACCACUGCCCCUUACCCCCACCAUCACAAACACAGACAGUCAGUUUAUGGGGAACGGCCAUUUCCAUAACAAAUGCAACAGUGGCCAAGCACCACCCUCCCGCAAUGCUAAGGGACCCACAGAGGGCAGGCAUAGCUGGUCUCCAAAUUUUUGCAUUACACUCAAGGGUCCUGGAGUCAUAUCUAGAAAAGGUCCAGAUGGCUUCAAUCCUAGCCAGACCCACAGCCACACCUUCAUCGUUGGGACACAGCUCUCCAAAACUCCCGUAUGACAUCCUCUAGAGCCUCAGACUCCUUCAGGGACCUGCCUGAGGCCUCCAACCACACCCUCUGCUGGGAGGUGGACCUGCAGGAAG